AAGAAAGAAGCUAAGCAAAAAUCGAAUCUCACACCUCAUUCACACUCUCUCUCUCCUUCACAAAAACUUCUAUCUUCUUCAUCUUCUUCCUCAUUCUCUCUCUCUUUCUCUUUCUCUUUCCUUUAACCCUCGCAGAUGUCUUGUUGUGUGGUGGUGAUAUGAAGAACACCACUCAAUCUCUCCUCCUCCUUCUCUUCUUCUUCUCCUCUUUCCUCUUCUCUGUCCAUUCUCUCUCCAUUUCAUCCAAUGCUCCUCUCACCGACAACGAAGUCCGAUUCAUCCAACGCCGACAGCUCCUCUACUACCGCGACGAGUUCGGCGACCGUGGCGAGAACGUCACCGUAGAUCCGUCUCUCGUCUUCGAGAAUCCAAGGCUCCGAAGCGCUUACAUAGCUCUCCAAGCUUGGAAGCAGGCCAUUCUCUCUGAUCCCAACAACAUCACCCUCAACUGGAUCGGAUCCAAUGUCUGUAACUACACCGGAGUGUUCUGCUCCCGCGCUCCUGAUAACCGCCGGAUCCGUACCGUCGCCGUAGAUCUCAACCACGCCGAUAUCGCCGGUUACCUACCCGAGGAGCUCGGCUUGCUGACGGAUCUCGCCUUGUUCCACGUCAACACGAACCGUUUCUGUGGAACGGUCCCGCGCAAGUUCAAGCAUCUCAAGCUUCUCUUCGAGCUCGAUCUCAGCAACAACCGGUUCGCGGGGAAGUUCCCGGAUGUGGUUCUUGAUUUGCCGUCGUUGAAGUUCUUGGAUCUCCGGUUCAACGAGUUUGAAGGUACUGUCCCCAAAGAGCUCUUUAGCAAACCGUUAGAUGCGAUUUUCAUUAACCAUAACCGGUUCCGGUUUGAGUUACCCGAUAAUUUCGGAGAUUCCCCGGUUUCGGUGGUGGUUCUAGCGAAUAACCGGUUCCAUGGUUGUAUACCGUCGAGUUUCGUUGAGAUGAAGAAUCUUAACGAGAUUAUUUUCAUGAACAAUGGGUUGAACUCUUGUUUGCCUUCGGAUAUCGGGAGGUUGAAGAACGUGACGGUGUUUGAUGUUAGCUUUAACGAGCUUGUGGGGCCGUUGCCGGAGAGUGUCGGCGGGAUGGUGUCGGUGGAGCAGUUGAAUGUGGCUCAUAAUCAGCUGUCCGGGAAGAUUCCGGCGAGUGUUUGUGAGCUUCCCAAGCUUGAGAACUUCACUUACAGCUACAAUUUCUUCACCGGUGAGGCUCCUGUGUGUCUCAGGUUGCCGGAGUUUGAUGAUAGGAGAAAUUGUUUGCCGGCGCGUCCUGCUCAGAGGUCUAAGGAGCAAUGUGCUGCGUUUUUGUCUCGACCUCCGGUGGAUUGUGAAUCUUUCAAGUGUGGUCGUUCUGUUUCACCCCUUCCUCCGAUUGUACCUCAAUUACCUCCGCCGCCUCCGCCGUCGCCACCUCCACCAUCACCAGUCUAUUCUCCACCACCACCUCCUGUCUAUUCCCCUCCACCACCACCACCACCUGUUUAUUCUCCUCCUCCACCACCACCACCACCGCCUCCACCACCACCUGUUUAUUCUCCACCACCACCACCACCACCGCCGCCUCCACCACCACCUGUUUAUUCUCCUCCACCACCACCACCGCCGCCUCCACCAACACCUGUUUAUUCUCCUCCACCACCACCACCACCACCACCGCCACCACCACCAGUUUAUUCUCCUCCACCACCACCACCACCACCACCACCGCCACCACCGCCGCCGCCGCCUCCACCAGUUUACCCUUCACCACCACCGCCGCCAGUAUAUUCACCUCCGCCACCACCACCGCCAGUAUAUUCACCUCCGCCACCACCACCGCCAGUAUAUUCACCUCCGCCACCACCACCGCCAGUAUAUUCAUCGCCACCACCACCAGCACCAAUUUAUUGCACUCGCCCUCCACCACCGCCGUGUCCCUCACCUCCACCACCGCCAAGUCACUCACCUCCACCACCGCCACAUCAUUCACCUCCCCCACCAUACUAUUACAGCUCACCUCCGCCACCACCACAUCACUCAUCUCCUCCACCAUACUACUACAAUUCACCGCCACCACCGCAUCACUCACCUCCUCCACCAUACCACUACAGUUCACCUCCACCGCCGUCGCAUCAUUCAUCUCCUCCACCAUACUACUACAAUUCACCACCACCACCACACCACUCGCCACCUCCGCCACCAAUGUAUCCUUCCCCACCACCACCACCACAUUCCCCACCACCGCCUCCUCAUUAUUCCCCUCCUCCACCUCCACCUUGUAUUGAACCACCACCACCCCCUCCCUGCAUAGAGUACUCACCUCCUCCUCCAGUUUACAGCUCUCCGCCUCCACCAUCAGUUCAUUACAGCUCUCCGCCACCACCAUCAGUCCAUUACAGCUCACCGCCGCCACCGACAGUCUAUUACAGCUCUCCGCCUCCACCGCCGCCUUCUCCUGAAUAUGAGGGGCCAUUACCGCCAGUGAUCGGAGUAUCCUAUGCUUCUCCUCCACCUCCACCCUUCUAUUGAUUCUUGGACAGAUUGUUUACAGAGACUAAGCGAGUGAAUCAAGAUUGUCUUAGAAGAUUUAUUUGAUGAAAAUAAGAACAAAAAGAAGAAGAGAUUAUUAUGGUUUCCAGGAAACAAAAAAAGUUGUAUGUAUAGAGGGAUGAUGAUAUAAUCGGAGCAACAUCUGCUCCAUUGUUUUUCAAUUUGUGAGAUUAAUUUUAUUUUUGUGUUAUUUUUCAUAGUGAAACUCAGCCACAUUUUUCUCUUUUGUUUUUUGUAUUUGAUCUUAUCAGACGAGCCGUAGAGGCUUAUUACAUUUUUUUUUUUCAUUUCUCAAUCGAUAGAGUUGCACCA